UGAUCAGGUUACAGAGCUCACUAUGGAGCAGCCAGGCAGCAAGCUGCAGACUGCAAUAGCAGCAGAGGGGGUGAGGGAUAGGUCACAUGAAGAAAGCAACAUACUGCUCCACUCCUUUCUUCUCCAGCACAUGCGGCUGCCCUGCUGAUCCCUGGCACCCCAGCACUGACACCCCACUCAUCCCAGUGCGCAAGUGGCACUUCUAGGAUUCUGAAUUACCCCAUAGUGUACUUGGCACCGUUAUGACAGCUGUGUUUCUAGGAAGUCUGAGCUGAGGAGAGGUCUUCUGCUGCCCUGUUGGUGUGUGUGGUGGCAUCUCUCAUCGGUCUUUUAACCUACUCUUAUCUUUCAUGGAGUUAUUGCUUGGCACGGAUGACAUGCUGUCUGAGGAGUGAGCAGAGAGGAGGGCACCUGAGAUACAGAUUGCUGUGUAUGUGAAGGCAACUUCCCUGACCCAUGUGAAGGAUCCCUGCCCCGCUUGCCAUUACAGCGCUACCACUGCCACUGUGUACCCGGCUGCCAGUGCUGGAUGGGUCGCGGCCACUCUCCUGCUUAGCUUCCCUGCUUGGCGUGUGACAAACUCGGCUGGUCUAGAUGCUCCUCGGGGCAUCCUGGCUGUGCACCUCUAAGGGACCACAGAAACCAUCUAAGGGGGAGGAGGAGGAGAGGAGACGGGAGAGGAGAGGAAGGAAGGAAGGGGGCAGCGGCGGCGGCGGAGGUGGCGGUGGAGGAGAGAUGGACGAGUCCUCGCUGUUAGAUUUGCUGGAGUGCUCCGUGUGCCUGGAGCGGCUGGACACCACUGCCCGGGUGCUCCCGUGCCAGCACACUUUCUGCCGCCGCUGCCUGCAGAGCAUUGUCAGCUCCAGGAACGAGCUGCGCUGCCCGGAGUGCCGCAUCCUGGUGGAGUGCGGGGUGGAUGAUUUACCAGCGAAUAUUCUCCUGGUCAGGCUGCUGGACGGCAUCCGGCAGAGACCCAGGAGCAGCCCCAGUGGCAGUCCCACCGCCAGCGGGCAUCACACUAGUAGUAACAACAGCAACAACCACAGCAGCAACUGUAACAGCCCGGGAUGCUCUGCCACAGGGGGCACCUCUGCCAGGCACCCACACAGCGCCGCCUGUACACCGACUCUGAGGGACCUAGCUGCUGCCAGCCAAAAUGCCAUUUUGCUAGCCAAGAAUAUUUCUCAGCUGCCAUGCGGACGAGCACUGUACACCUAUGAAGGAAAGGAACCCGGGGAUCUCAAGUUCAACAAGGGUGACGUCAUCAUUCUGCGACGGAAGGUAGAUGAGAACUGGUACCACGGAGAGUUGAAUGGAAAUCGUGGCUUCUUUCCAGCAAGCUACAUCCAGUGCAUAAAGCCUCUUACUCAGCCUCUCCCACAAGGCAAAGCACUUUAUGACUUUGAAAUCAAGGAUAAAGAUCAGGAUAAGGAUUGCUUAACAUUUACCAAGGAUGAAAUUCUGACUGUAAUCAGACGUGUAGAUGAUAACUGGGCCGAAGGAAUGCUGGGAGACAAGAUUGGAAUUUUUCCCAUUCUUUAUGUAGAGCUGAACGAGGCAGCCAAACAGCUCAUUGAAAAGGACAAGAUAUCCUUAUCUGCAGAACCAGGCUAUGAGGUCCCUCACUCAUUUGAUGCCAGCAUGAUAGUCAGUGUGACCCAGAGUGCUACUUUAAACUGUACCGGAGCUGUAAAUGCCAACCAGAGGCAUAUCGACACGAAGAAGAAUUCCAAGAAACGACACUCCUUCACAGCUCUCAGUAUGACGCACAAAUCCUCCCAUGCCAUGAAUAACAGGCACUCCAUGGAAAUUAGUGCUCCAGUAUUGAUCAGUUCUAGUGAUCCCCGCGCUGCUGCCAGAAUCGGAGGCGCUCAACUGUCAUCCAGUGCUCCAGUACAGGAUUCGGCCACAUUUGGCACUGCUACUGGGGCCGGAGCUGCUAGUCCCAAAACAAGCACACUAAUUGGAGAAAAAGGGACAUCGCCAAAAGUCCAAUUACCUCUUAAUAUAUAUCUAGCCCUGUAUGCUUACAAGCCACAAAAGAAUGAUGAGCUGGAACUACGGAAAGGUGAAAUGUACAGAGUCACUGAAAAAUGCCAAGACGGUUGGUUUAAAGGCACAUCACUCCGGACCGGGGCUUCAGGAGUUUUUCCAGGCAAUUAUGUUACUCCUGUUUCUAGGCUGCCGGCUGGACUUGUUCAGGCACGCAAUUGCACCAUGGGGGUCCCACUAUCAAGUAGAAGUUCGCCAUUAGCUUCCCAUGCAUCUCCUGGAGGGCUGACAAAUUGUACCAAUGUUGUCAGACCUGUCCUUCCUAUUACUGUACCUCAGAUACAUCCCCACCAGUCUCCAACAUCCUCUCAGAACAGCUGCUCUAGGAUAUCUACCCAGCAAGCUGUCAGCCAGACUCGCACCGCUGUGCAGAUGGGACAUUCAUCAGCACAAUCCCAAGAACGUCCCACUGCUACUGUAUCACCUAUAAGGACUCAGAACUCUCCAUCACGCCUCCCAGCAAGUCCAAACAGGCAACAUACAGCUGUUCCACUACAACACAUGCAGCAGCAGUCUCCUGUACAGACCUCUACAAUGCACUGUGCACGGCCAAUUAUUCCUUUAACAUCAGCCGCAGCAGCAAUCACACCACCAAAUGUCACUGCAGCCAACAUUAAUGGUGAAGCUGCCAAUGGACCAAUCAACUGCUUGCUUACUGCCAGCCCAACAAAGACAGAAGAUAAGAAGACUGAAAGAAGAGAGAAAAAGGGUGGACUUCUCAAACUACUGGCUGGAGCCUCUGCAAAAAAGAAAUCCCGCUCUCCUCCAUCCAUCUCACCAACCCAUGAUCACCAAGCUAUGGUGGAAGGAGUAAUACACGGAGCUGUGGGACUGGAGUUUUCCAUCACCAGCCAUGGGAGAGCAGGCUCAUGUCCCAUUGAGAGUGAAAUGCAAGGAGCAAUGGGAAUGCAUCCAUUACAUAGAAAAACUGGCUCUUUAGAUCUAAAUUUUUCAGUUCCAUCCCCAGUAAGACAGCCUGCUUGUGCAAUGCUAGCUGUACGUCCGGAGCCCAAAUCCCUGUCCCGAGAAAGAUAUCGUGUUGUUGUGCCAUACCCACCGCAGAGUGAAGCGGAAAUCGAGCUGAAAGAAGGCGACGUUGUGUUUGUCCACAAGAAGCGAGAAGAUGGCUGGUAUAAGGGAACAUUACAGAGGAAUGGGAGGACAGGGCUUUUCCCUGGAAGCUUUGUAGAAAGUUUCUGAUCACUUUAUACUAAUUGUCUUUAAACUGAAGUAGCAUCCAAUAUUGUCCCAUAUCUUGUGUGAAGAACAAAAUGUGGACUAAGAUGUACAUGACACAAAAGAAUAAGCACAAGGAAUAAAGGAUGCCAAAUCAAUAUGAGUUGCCAUUGUGACUUCCAAAGAUACACUUGGACCAUCAGCGUAACAUCUAAAGAGAACACUGAAUUUGAUGUACACCUUUGAGAAGUGGCUGAGUGGAACAUUUAAUGGUAUGUUGGAGUAGUGCCUUCCGCUUGGAACCACAAACUGAGAAGAUGUGCUUUUUGACCAUGUUUGCUAUUUGUGAUGUAUACAUUAUAAAUGAAAUUAUUUUAAAAUGAAUGUUUUAUUCUAACUUAUUUGUAUGCACUGCAGUGUUCUUAUUACUUGCCUAUGCAGGAAAGAUACGUUAUAUGAAUUGGCCAAUGGGCAUUGCACAUUUAACUAUACACUACAUGUAGUGGAAAAUAUGAAGUGACCAACAGUAUGUUUUAUCUACAACUAUUCAGCAAUAGUAAUAACUGCACACAUUAAAGAACAACUUAAAAAUAAUAAAAAAUAAAACAAAAAACUACAUAAAAAUAAUCUGAUUUAUUUUAGCAAGCCAUUUAAUACUGCUCUUUUAUUUUAUAGCUAUAUUAUUAUUAUUGCAACGUUUACAUUUCGGCAUAAAUGUUAUGUUUUGCAACUGUGGCUACUUUGAAACAUUUUGCCCAAAUCUUUUGCUCAGUCAUCCUUCGGAUUGUUCAAAAAUGUUUACAUUUAUAAGAGAAUGGCUUUUCAUAGUCCAAAAUGCAUUGGAUCAAAUACACAUGAACAUACAGGCCAAAAAAUUACAGAAAAGCACAAUAGAUUUUUUUAGGGUAGAGAAAAUGUAGAAACUGUAAUAAAAUGACUCAAUCAGCCCAUAAAAACAAUUUAUAAACAUUGUGAUUGGGACUAAUGGUUUUUCAUUGUUAAUUGAUAAGUCUGCAUUAAAAAGAAGACAUAGAAAUUACAAGUCAUACAUUUAUCCAUUUGGGAAACAAGGCAAUUAUCUUGAAUAUUUAUUUAUUUUAUUUAGCAGUUACUUAUAUAGCGCUAGCAUAUUCCAUUGUGCUUUAUAAUUUAAUAUGUUUUAUAUAGUAAAAAUGUGCUAGUAAAAAGAACACUGCAAGUUCCCUGUAAGGAAAAUACUUAUGUAAGACUGUAAAGUUGUGUUGAGGUAUAAUCCUUGUUACUUGGCUCAGAUUCUGAAAUGGUAUUAUUAAACAGAAUGUCUGGAGAUGCAGGUCUACAUCUGUGUUAUGCCAAUAAAUACAAAGAACCAGCAAAUAUAUAGGCCUGUAGGGGUAUGUCGGUGCAAUAAUUAACAGUAUGAUUACUACUAAAUGUCAAGAUACAGUGAAUAGCGUUGAGUUGUAAGGUUAAUCUAGAACUGGCAGUAUUGGCCUGGCUUUACACUGUCAAGCACCACGUCUGAGCCAUCAUUUGUACUGGCAUGACCAUUUCAAUCAACUGCAAGCUAUCUUUUCUUUGCUAAAAUGAAAUUACUGGAUAUGAAAAUCCAAGCUAUUACUGUUUAAUCUCAAUGCCAUAUGGUUUAGUCAUCAAUAAUUAAAUAUAUAAUAAAUCAGGCCUGAAUCUCACUUUAUAUACAUGACUUACGUACAUUUUUAAAUCCUAUGAUAGGGCCAUAAUGCUGAUUAUUCUAAAAUGUGUUACAGAAUUAAAUCUCACCUAUGUGGUAUUUAAGAUAAUAUCUUAUUAUACUUUUUAUGUUAAUGCUUUUAAAUAUAGGGCAGAGUCAUAAAAUCAAUACUACAAUGACAA